CAAAUUAUAUUUCAUUCUUCAUUUUAUCUUCUCCGAUUUGAAUCUCCGGCGAUAAUGGAAUCUUCCGGUAACACUAACGAGAAGCAAUCUUCGUCUCUUUACCCUACUGUUGACAUGUCGAAUCCCGAAGCCCCUCCUCUUAACCCUAGUUCUUCCUCUUCCACUAGUAACCUCUAUCCUUCGCUCGAUAUGAACGAUCUCGCCCGUGAUCUCUUCCCUGAACAACCGGAGACGACUCCUGUUCCGGUUUCGGCUCCUCCCGCAGCGGCGGAGGAAGUGAUAUUGACAAUCCCCGGCGCGAUUCUCCACUUGAUCGACAAAUCUUACAGCGUCGAGCUCGCUUGCGGAGAUCUAGCGAUCAUCCGUAUCGUUCAGGACGGAAAUGUCGUCGCUGUUCUGGCGCGUGUCGCCGAUGAGAUUCAAUGGCCGUUGACCAAGGACGAGAACUCCGUCAAGGUCGAUGAGUCUCAUUACUUCUUCACGCUCCGUCCCACCAAGGAUUUUGGUACUAAAUCGAGCGACGAAGAGGAAGGCGAGAAGGGGAAGGAAGAAGAGAACGAUAUGUUGAAUUACGGACUCACGAUUGCUUCAAAAGGGCAAGAGCAUUUGCUUGAGGAGCUUGAGCAGAUCUUGGCGGAUUACAGCUGUUUCACGGUGCAGCAAGUGUCGGAAGAGGCGAAGGAGACAGGGGAAAAGGUUUUGGAUGUGACGGUGGCGAGAGAGACAUCUCCGGUGGAGCUUACCGGGGAGAGGAAAGAGAUUGUGGAGAAGCAGUGUGCGGCGUAUUGGACAACUCUAGCUCCGAAUGUUGAGGAUUACAGUAGCAAGACUGCGAAGCUGAUAGCAACUGGUUCAGGGCAUCUGAUCAAAGGGAUUCUCUGGUGUGGAGAUGUGACUAUGGAUCGGCUCAAGUGGGGAAACGAUUUCAUGAAACGGAGGUUGAGUAAGGCCGAGAAGGAGAGGGAUGUUCACCCUGACACCUUAAAAAGGAUCCAGAGAGUGAAGAGAAUGACCAAAAUGACAGAGAAUGUGGCAAACGGCAUUCUGUCUGGAGUAAUCAAAGUUUCUGGCUUCUUCACAAGUUCAGUGGCAAACACCAAAGUAGGAAAGAAAUUCUUUAACCUUCUUCCUGGAGAAAUCGUCCUUGCAAGUCUUGAUGGAUUCAAUAAGGUCUGUGAUGCUUUCGAAGUAGCUGGAAGGAAUGUAAUGUCAACCUCGUCCAUUGUUGCAACCGAACUUGUUGAUCACAAGCAUGGUGGUAAAGCGGCUGAGGCGACAAACGAAGGGCUUGAAGCAGUAGGACAUGCUUUUGGGACAGCAUGGGCUGCUUUCAAAAUCAGAAAGGCUAUUAACCCUAAGAGCGUUCUCAAGCCUUCCACGCUUGCGAAAUCCGCCAUUAGAUCUGCAGCUUCACAAAAGAAAGCUUAGUAAAGGUUCCUGGAUGAAACACAUUGAUCUUGUUUAUUUGUAUCAUCUAUUGUCUUUGAUUCAGGUGUGGAUUAGUUGUUGUCAAGUGUGUGUGUGUUUCUCUGAUGAUCAUUUGAUGUGAUGUAAUGAGUUCAUACGAAUGUGUUAAAAACUUAAAUUCGUUCCUUUUU